CUGGAGCAGAGGCAGCAGGGCGUUUCUAAAUAUUAAGCUCGCGACAGAAAGAAGGACUGACCAAGCAGUGGUGAACAUGGAAGGAAGCGAGGGAAGUCAACCAGUGACCCGAGUGUUGUAAAAUGCAUGUUUUUGAAACAUCCAGGAAGGUGUAAGCCACUGGUUGACCCACCGGCUGCUUCACUGCUGUGAACAAAAAGCUGUGAUUGUGCAAGAACGAAGGACGGAGAAUCUUUGGAGGAAUUUGAAGUCAUAUCUGAGUCCUGUAUCUGCAGUUGCACCAAAGCCUACUUAAUAUUUAAUAGCUUCCUAAUGGAUACUGAGGUUUCAUGUUGAAAUGUGACUGCACUCUGGAGCUUUCCCAAGCACAUCUCAGAUUUAUUCAAUCUGCCGCUGCAUUCUCUUCCAAUUGCCUUAUUAAUUACUAGCUCGUACGAGGUAAACACACGUUGACGGCUGAGCAAUCGCAGUGAAUCCCCGAAGCUCACGAUGGAACAGCCCAUUUACGCCACAGGUAUCGCAUACCGACUGAGAAGCCAGUGGGAUCGGGACGACGGUCUGGGACAGAACCACAACGCUGUCAAGUUCCUGGGUCAGGACUAUGAGUCGCUGAAGGCACAGGCACUUCGCAGCGGCCGGCUGUUCGAGGAUAGUUUGUUCCCCUGUGCCAGUUCAUCUUUGGGCUUUAAUGAGCUUGGCCCGAGAUCUGCCAAGACAUCUGGAGUCCGCUGGAUGAGGCCGACGGAGUUCUGCAGGCGACCUGAAUUCAUUGUGGAUGGAGCGACUCGUACGGACAUCUGUCAGGGAGCGCUGGGUGACUGCUGGUUGCUAGCAGCUAUUGCUUCACUGACUCUGAAUGACAACCUUCUGCACAGAGUGGUUCCUCAUGGACAGAGUUUUGGCCAAGGAUAUGCUGGAAUAUUUCACUUCCAGUUCUGGCAGUUUGGUGAAUGGGUGGAGGUGGUCAUCGACGACCGUCUGCCGGUGAAAGAUGGGAAACUGCUGUUUGUUCACUCAGCUGAGGGAACCGAGUUCUGGAGUGCUCUGCUGGAAAAGGCCUACGCCAAGCUGAAUGGAUGUUACGAGGCUCUGUCAGGUGGGAGCACCUCAGAAGGCUUCGAGGACUUCACCGGUGGAGUGACGGAGAUGUACGAGCUGAGUAAAGCUCCGUCUGACCUCUUCAGCAUCAUCAGCAGAGCCAUCGACCGAGGGUCCCUGCUGGGCUGCUCCAUCGAUAUCACCAGCACCAGAGACAUGGAGGCAGUAACCUUCAAGAAGCUGGUGAAGGGACACGCCUACUCUGUCACCGGCGUGGAUGAAGUUGUGUACCGUGGAAAUAUGACCAAACUGGUGCGUAUCAGAAACCCAUGGGGGGAGAUUGAAUGGACGGGAGCGUGGAGUGACAACUCCAGAGAGUGGGAUAACGUUGACCGCUCAGUCAGAGGUCGUCUGCAGAACCGCAGCGAGGACGGGGAGUUCUGGAUGUCAUUCAGCGACUUCCUGCGUGAGUUCAGCCGUCUGGAGAUCUGCAACUUGACAGCAGACGCCCUGCAGCACAGCCAGAUGAAGAAAUGGAGCUCCUCACUGUUCCAGGGAGAAUGGAGGAGAGGGAGCACUGCCGGGGGCUGCAGGAACUUCCCCGCAACCUUCUGGCUUAAUCCCCAGUUCAAGAUCUUGUUGCAGCACCCCGACACUCCUGGCCAAUCAGAUUGCAGCUUCUUAGUCGCUCUGAUGCAGAAGGAUCGCAGAAAGAAACGGCGAGAGGGAAAGGAUAUGGAGACCAUUGGAUUCGCCGUCUACGAGGUCCCUGAUGCGAUGGCAGGAAAAUCAGGCGUCCACCUAAAGCGAGAUUUCUUUCUGACCCACGCGUCCAGCGCUCGCUCUGAGCUCUUCAUUAAUCUGAGGGAGGUCAGCUCUCGCCUGAGGCUUCCAGCAGGGGAGUACAUCAUCGUGCCCUCCACCUUUGAACCUCACAAGGAGGCCGACUUCGUUCUGAGAGUUUUCUCCGAAAAGCCUGCCAACUCUGAGGAACUGGAUGACGACGUUGAAGCGGAGAUUCCAGAAGAGGUGAGAGCAGGAGACGACUGUGCUUCUGCAUGCAGUCACGUGACUCGGUGCCGAUUGGCUGAACGUUCGAUUUUUGUGUUGCAGCCCAAACUUGAAGAGAGUCAGAUCGAUUCUGGCUUCAAGAGUCUGUUCCGGCAGUUGGCUGGUCCGGACAUGGAAAUAAGUGUGACUGAACUGCAGACUAUAUUGAACAGGAUCAUCAGUAAACACAAAGACUUGAAAACAGAUGGAUUCACCAAGGAAGCCUGUCGCAGUAUGAUCAACUUAAUGGACACGGACGGCAGCGGUAAGCUCGGCCUCACUGAGUUCCACGUGCUCUGGGAGAAGAUCAAGCGAUAUCUGACAAUAUUCAGAAACUUCGACCUGGACAAGUCGGGCACCAUGAGCUCCUACGAGAUGAGGAUGGCUCUUGAGUCUGCAGGCUUCAAGCUGACCAACCAUCUGUUCCAACUGAUCAUCCUGCGCUACACGGAGGCCGACAUGGCUGUCGACUUUGACAACUUCGUAACGUGCCUGGUCAGGCUGGAGACCAUGUUCAAAACCUUCAAGACAAUGGACGCUGACCGGGAUGGUGAAAUCACCCUCAACUUCUACCAGUGGAUCUCGCUGACCAUGUUUGCCUGAAGACCGCACUCUCAACUGUCCCCCACAUCAUCUGCUUGUGUCAGAAGUGCCUUUUCUCCUGCGAGCUGAUCUCCAUUUCUGGUGUCUGACGCCUCGUACUGUACAUUUCUCUCAAUGAUGUCUCAACAGUGAAUAAUGGCCUGACGUUCGGUCCACAGAUGUAAAGAUGCUGAUCUUGUCGCAGGCUGAGGCUAAUUCUGGGUGUUACUGUAAUCCCUUUUAUAACAUUACUAUAGAGAAUGGUUCAAAUUCUUCAGUGGACAAAUAUAUAUUUUUAAUAACUGCUUUCUUUCCAAAUAGCUCACCUCAUUCUAAUUCUGGUUGGCACGGAUCAUGGUAAAAAAAGUGCAAAGAAUUUCCGUAAUUAUAGAUUUUCUCCUUAUAACAACAGUCGAUGAAGAAAAAGGAAUGUGGUGUUUUUUUCUCUUAAAUUACAGCACAUCCUAAUCGUGAAUAUCAAUGAUACAUGUGCAGCUUUUGUUUCAGCCCAACGAAUUUGAUCCACAAAAAUAUGGUUAGGCACCUUUCUAAAAGGCUCAACAACUUUCUCUGAAGUGUUAUACAGUAGCAGUUCAUGCAUCAGUUCAUCUACAACAAGCCCAUAUUGUAGAGCACUUUAAUGGAAUUAUAUUUUUUCAUGCAGCUUUGGCUCAGCUAUAUUCACAUAUCCUCCAUCUAUUCAAUACCAAUAUAUGCCAAAUGCACUCCGAACACUUGAGUUCUGCUUAUUCACUGAAGGUGUCAGCGCUCGUUCCUCUAAAACCUGCCCUCACCAGGAGCAAUCACUCUAUAUUUGUGACAAAAUGGUGGGAAAAGAGUGAAAGAAGCAGAAAACCACAUGUAUCUCAUAUUUUUUAAACAUUUAAAAAAAAUCUUAAAAAGCAGUAUUGUUGCUAAAAGAAGUCCAAAGCAGUCUGGUUAUCUGAAGGCACUAUGCAAAAGUAUUUUACAUCUUAUAAAGCUUGGUAUCCAAAUAAAUCUGCUUGCUGGCAAACAUACAUUUUGUUCUUAUGAACAUAUUGAAAAUAAAUGUAUUUAUGGAGCUAGUCUGUUUUAAUUUUAAUGGAACCCCUGUUCUAAACACAUGGUACAUAGAGGGCGCUAGCGCUCGCCCACUCAGAAGCACAUCUGAGCUCGUCUAAUGUGCAGAGCAAAAUGCAGAGUUGGUGGGGAGUUGUUUUCUUUGUCAGGAAGUGUUUGAGGAAACAACAGACUAAAUGGUUACUAAUAGGAUUUCUUGUGUAGACCCCUGAGCCAACACUGCUCAUGUUCUCAUCUAGCUUGCAGCAAUAAAUGAUGUCAAUCGGAAAAUAACAAUCACCCCUUUAAGGUUCAUUUUGAAACGCCCAGAUGUCGAUUAUGUACGAUUAUGUAUACUUUAAAAUUCCUACAGUGCAACAUUGAAAUGAAUCAUUUGCAGCAAGCAGCCAAGUGUGAAGUGGAGUCACGGAUGAAGUGUUGUGUGUUUCAUCUAGUUCUUCUGUGCCUCAUUCAUUAUUUUAUGACACGUAUGCAUUAGAUGCACACAGACAAUGGUGCCAAAUCAUAGAGAAUGUUUGCUUCACUAACCAACACGUUUUCUCGAUGCAUGGCUAUCUUUUUUUUUUUUUUUUGACUGAGGGUGAGGACCUUUCAGAAUCUAUGCUUGAAGUGGUUUUUAAAGGGAACAAAAGCGUCUUAACAGGAAUGCAGAGUAGCAAUUACAAGAGCUAUAAGUGUUGUAUGCAUGUGCUGUGAUAUCGUUUCUGCCUGCCAAAUCGUUUUUUGUAAUGAAAUCCACAAUGUUGAUUAUUGAUAAAAGCCUACAACUUAUUUUGGGGAAAGCAAAACGUGUAUUUUCCAACUUGCUUCUGAAAAGCAUUUUUCAUGAUCAAGAAGUGGUUGCAUACGAAAGUUGUGUUUUUUCUUAUCUGAAAACUUUUGGAGACUUUUGUGUGCCAAGUUCUGAAUGCAAGCUGAUGUUUACUACAUUUACCUUGUGGGUCACUGUGGAGGGACUUUGUUUACUGUUGUCUGUAUCAUCAUGACGAUUAAAAGAUGCUGAGCUGUUCACAUAUUUUUAAAAAUCUUCUGU